AUGUUGGGUAACAUGUGUUUCUUUUUCUUAGAACCAACACAGAUAUACAGAUUUCUACGUACCCGGAAUCUAAUAGCACCAAUAUUUUUGCACAGAACUCUUACUUACAUGUCUCACAGAAACUCCCGGACAAAUAUCAAAAGGAAAACAUUCAAAGUAGAUGACAUGUUAUCAAAAGUAGAGAAAAUGAAGGGAGAACAAGAAUCUCACAGCUUGUCUGCUCAUCUGCAACUUACAUUUACGGGGUUCUUCCAUAAAAAUGAUAAGCCAUCACAAAACUCAGAGAAUGAACAAAAUUCUGUAACCCUGGAAGUACUGCUUGUGAAGGUUUGCCACAAGAAACGAAAGGAUGUCAGUUGUCCGAUCAGACAGGUUCCUACAGGUAAAAAGCAGGUGCCUUUAAACCCAGACCUCAGCCAAAUAAAACCAGGCAACUUCCCAUCACUUGCGGUUUCCAGCAAUGAGUUUGAACCAAGCAACAGCCAUAUGGUGAAGUCUUACUCAUUGUUAUUCAGAGUAACUCGCCCAGGAAGAAGAGAGUUUAAUGGACUGAUCAACGGCGAAACUAAUGAAAACAUUGAUGUCAAUGAGGAGCUACCAGCUAGAAGAAAAAGAAACUCUUCGAAUCGUGAAGAUGGGGAAAAGACAUUUGUAGCACAAAUGACUGUAUUUGACAAAAACAGACGCUUGCAACUUCUGGAUGGGGAAUAUGAAGUGGCCAUGCAGGAAAUGGAAGAGUGUCCCAUUAGCAAGAAAAGAGCAACAUGGGAAACAAUACUUGAUGGGAAGAGAUUGCCUCCAUUUGAAACAUUUUCUCAGGGACCUACACUUCAGUUUACUCUUCGUUGGACAGGAGACACAAAUGAUAAGUCUACAGCUCCUAUAGCUAAGCCUCUUGCAACACGAAAUUCUGAAAGCCUCCCUCAAGAAAACAAGCCCAAUUCUGUUAAACCUACUCAGACUAUAGCUGUGAAAGAAUCUUUGCCAACAGACCUUCAAACAAGAAAGGAGAGAGAUGUUUUAAAUGAACCUCGACAAAAAUUGCGAAUAUUUUACCAGUUCCUUUAUAACAACAACACAAGACAGCAGACUGAAGCCCGAGAUGACUUGCAUUGCCCGUGGUGCACACUGAACUGUCGGAAACUAUAUAGUUUACUUAAACAUCUUAAACUUUGCCACAGCAGAUUUAUCUUUAAUUAUGUUUAUCAUCCAAAAGGUGCUAGGAUAGACGUGUCCAUCAAUGAGUGUUAUGAUGGUUCCUAUGCAGGAAAUCCCCAGGAUAUCCAUCGUCAACCUGGAUUUGCCUUCAGUCGCAAUGGACCAGUCAAAAGAACUCCUAUCACACACAUACUUGUUUGCAGGCCAAAGCGUACGAAAGCAAGCAUGUCAGAAUUUCUUGAAUCUGAAGAUGGUGAAGUAGAACAGCAGCGAACAUACAGCAGCGGGCACAAUCGGCUAUAUUUCCACAGUGACACAUGUUUACCUCUCCGUCCACAAGAAAUGGAAGUAGACAGUGAGGAUGAAAAGGACCCUGAAUGGCUACGGGAGAAAACCAUUACUCAAAUUGAAGAAUUUUCUGAUGUUAACGAAGGAGAGAAAGAAGUGAUGAAAUUAUGGAAUCUUCAUGUUAUGAAGCACGGGUUUAUUGCUGACAAUCAAAUGAAUCAUGCCUGUAUGCUGUUUGUUGAAAAUUAUGGACAAAAAAUAAUUAAGAAGAACUUGUGUCGAAACUUUAUGCUACAUCUGGUCAGCAUGCAUGACUUUAACCUCAUCAGCAUAAUGUCAAUAGACAAAGCUGUUGCCAGGCUCCGAGAGAUGCAGCAGAAGUUAGAGAAAGGAGAAUCGGCUUCCCCAACAGAUGAGGAAUCUUCCGAGGAACAAAGUGGGACAACAAAUGGAUAUAGUGAAAGUAACAUGAGAGAGAGGAUUUUGGAAAUGGAUAGCGUCUCAGGUGUCACAAAACAGAGCAAGAAACAAAAGCUCUGAAGUCAGAAGUCAAUUGCCAUUCAACGGACAAGCAUUGAAGUGACAUUCUAGGGUGCAUGAGCUCUAUAAAGAAUUACACACAAAAAUACAGAAAUUCCAAACAGGCACUGCUGGAUGGAAAUAAAUGAUUUCAACAAGGAUAUUGUUUUAACAGGGUUUCUAUUCAUUUAAUUAUGCAAGUACUACAUGUAUAUCGGUUUUGGUGAUGUAAUGACAAUAUUCUAAGAGUUUGAGCAUGAAGAGCAAUAUGAAAAUCUUUUUGUAAUUUUAGUAAUUAGUGUCUUAAGAACUUUAUGGAAUUUACAUAAUUUAAGUAUAUGUAAAACCAUUUUUAUAUUAAGAUUUUUGCAUCUGUAUCUGGCUGUUUUUCCUACCAUGAAGUUGUGAAACAUUGGGGAAAGGGGAUUGGGAUACAGUUUCUGCUUUUUUUUUUUUUUUGAGAAAUUCUCCAGUUAUCUUUUUGUGAAAAUUACCAUCUCACUAUUUAAAGUUUAACCUUGAUCCUUGUAUUUGAAAUCAUUUAUCAAUUGAUCAUAAAUUACAAAUUUUAUUUUUUUUUUUUUUACACUAAAAUUAUCAAAGUUGGCGAACUUAGCACUUCCUUUGUCUUGUGCCUGUUUGGAAAGAUCUUGGCUUUUCCCGUUACAGACACAGUGAAGUACCACCUUGGCUUUUUGAGGUUACCAGCAGUUUGGUUUUCGUGGAUAAUUCUGAUGUAUUGAUCACCCAGUGUACCAUUUUAAACUUGAACAUUAGCUCCUUUAUAUUUUUAUUACACAUUUACACAGCUACACAAACUAUUUGAUGUAAACCCUUUUUACUGGGGUUCUGCGUCAUAGUGUGCCAUGCUAAAGCCGAGAGUCUAUAGUCAGUAGGUAGGCAUUACGUCAAUUAACUUCAAAAGAAGUUUAUGCCUGCUGUUUUGCCUGAGUACAGACUGCAAGUCCAGGCCAUAGGUUUAGCUUUGGCUUUCGAGAUGCCACUCUUGAGGGAAAAAUGCACUGUAAAAUUGGACCAGAAAAUGUGUUGCACUUCUUAUGUAAGUAUUCUGUGAUGUAUUGUAUUCAAUACAGAUACUAAGAUGCUGACUAAACUAUAUUUGAGCAGUUUUGCACUGCUGUUAACACAUUUUAUGCAUACGUUUACAGAUUUUUUCCAAUGGAAAGUGGUUUCACUACUGGUACAGUAUCAGCACCGAAGGGUUUAUUCCAGCAAGCACUGUGGUUGAGUGACAUCACCUCAAUUUUUUAUUAUCCUUAAAAUAUUGCAUUUUUCAUAUUCUUUAUUUAUAAAGGAACAAUGCUGCUGUAAAUACAGGUAUUUUUAAUUUUUUAUUUCAUUCCAUCACCAUGAGAUGCAGUUCCCUAUUUGUUUAAGGGGUAUAUAAGCUUUCUAAUGGUGUCUUCAGAAAUUUAUAAAAUGUAAAUACUGAUUUUGAUGGUCCUUAAGAUGUGUUUAACUGUGAGACUAUUUAACUAAUGGUGUGGAUGUGAUUUGUCAUCCAGUAUUAAGUUCUUAGUCACUGAUUUUGUGUACAAAAUAGGAAAGAGGGAACCUGCAGCUUUCAUUACAAACUUCUUGAAUUUGCCAGUUCUCUGAGUUUUAGCAAACUCUAAUUUUGCCUCUGGAUAGUACAUCAAGCAUUUCUCUCUGGCUUUAAUUUGCUAAAGCUGUGCACAUAUGUAAAAAAAUAGAUUAUUUUAGGGGAGAUGUAGUUCUAGAAUUAUUGCUUAUGUCAUUUCUUAAGCAGUUAUGCUCUUAAUGCUUAAAAGAAGGCUAGCAUUGUUUGCACAAAAAGUUGGUGAUCCCCCCAAAAAUAGUAAUGAAAUUACUUCUGUCCAGUAAACUUUGUAUGUCAUGUCAAUUUAUAAUAAAAGCUGAAAAAAUCCCUUUGUUUUCUAUUUAUAAAGAUGCCUUUUCUAUAUGUACCUUUGAUAGAUUUUGAAGAUACCAUGUAAGCUGGUCAAAAAGAAUUUGAAUGGUACAGUAGAUGUAAAAACAAAACAAAACCUCGAACAAAAAACAAAACAACUUCAGUUGUUUAAAUGAACCUUUGUUUUUACAUUAAAUGUUUUAUUUGAAAUUGGCUUUUGUACAUAAAGUUCAGUAAUAUAA